CAACCCAUUUGAGAAUUCUGCACUUUGGUUGUCGACGUGAAAUGGGUCUCACCGGUGAGCUUGUUAGGAGUGUUUUCUCUAAGAGUCGGUCUGUGAGUGGGCAUAAUGGCAAUGUAAGAAGUAAUGGGGUGGAUAAGAGAAGAUGGAGUUCUGUCAGAUCCUAUCUAUGUGGGGACGAAUUUAACUCAGUCCAAGCUGAGGAAGAUUCAGCUUCUAUUCGGAGUUCUGAGGCCACUGUUACACAGCCCGUAGCAGAAGACUUGAAGGAAACAGCAGAAACUCAAAGUGGAACGAAGGAAGAAGUAACCAACGAAAAGAAGAACUCACCUGCUAAAGUUUUGAGCAAAGAGGAUGCAGCAAUUCUCAUCCAGUCGGCAUUCAGACGCUUUCUGGCUAGGCGUCAAGAUGGAGAAAUGAAGCAAAUAGAUGAGAGGGAGACAGUCCAAGGAAUGGAGAGUCCAAGUAGGGAGUCCAUGGGUACAUCAGUUGUAGUUCAAACAGGAAAUUCUGUCGAAGUUCUUAGAGUCCAGGGGAAUAGGAUGGCUGUUCAACACCGAGUGCAGCAGAAAUUCCGUACUCAGGUCUCCAAGCUGAAGGAAGAUUGGGAUGAUAGCACAGUGAGCAGCAACAUGUCAAAAUUGAGGAUACAAAACAGACAAGAAGCACUUACCAGACGUGAAAGAGCUCUAGCUUAUGCAUUCUCUCAACAGCUAAGGAUUUGUUCAAAGAAAAAGGCAGCCUAUUCUGACACCACAGAACCCAACAUGGGCUGGAGCUGGCUAGAACGAUGGAUGGCAACUCGUCAGACAGAUUGUUCCUUGAUCGAAGAUCGUAUGAGCAAGCGCUUCGACCCAAUUGACAUUGGUCAAAGAUGUCUCAUUAUUAAGAAAAAUUUUGAUAUAGCAGGAGAAGAGAAAGAAAGUUGUGGAUCUAAUGAGGUACCUGUUGGGAUUGAUAGUUUCACUAUGACUGCACCAAAUAGAUACAAACCUCUUAAGAACAGUAUGAAGGCUACAAGAAGUGUGUCACGAAGAAAAACUGUGCCAAGCUACCAAUAUGCAUCACAAUUUACCAAGGUUAGCAAGAAAGGCUCUUUUAAGGAAGCUGAGAAAGAUAAGAAAAAUAAACAAAUGCAGCCACAAAGCACAGAAAAGUGAAGUGGAAAUAUGCUCCAUCGAAGGCAACAUCUGUUCCACUGAUCAUGGCUUCAAGUGAGGUCUUUGAAUCAGAAGACACGAGUUUCCAAUUUCCUCUUUGUUGGUAAUCUACUAAUCUAUUUCAGCUUCAAACAGACAUAUGAUGCAAGUUGUCCUAGCAUGCAAAGUGCAAAGUGCAGACUCUAAGGCCUCGUUUAAUAACACUUUUCAGUGGUCUGGUGUCUUAAAAACUUGCUUUUCAGACACCAAACUGUGAGAGAAAAUCGAUAUGAAAUCUUUUUUUUCA